GAACACUGCCCUUAGGUAGGUUGACGCAUACUUACUUGCUGUUAUCAACAGAUAACGGGUGUAUUUAUAAAAUGUUAGAUUUUGAUAAUUAGGUAAAGUAUUCAUUUUACUAACAAAAAUGUCAGAAGUUUACGAUGCUAAUUAUGGCAAGGAGCACCCAAGAAAUCUUAUACCAGAAUUAUGCAGACAGUUCUAUCAUCUUGGAUGGGUGACUGGUACAGGUGGUGGUAUAUCAAUAAAACAUGAGGAUAAAAUCUACAUAGCUCCUUCUGGUGUACAAAAAGAACGUAUGUUGCCAAAUGAUAUGUUUGUACAAGAUAUAGAUGGAAAAGAUCUGGAACUACCACCAUUAGAAAAGAAAUUGAAAAAGUCGCAGUGUACUCCAUUAUUUAUGUGUGCUUAUUCAAUGAGGAAUGCGGGCGCUGUGAUACAUACACAUUCUAAAUUUGCUGUGAUGGCGACACUAUUGUGGCCUGGGAGAGAAGUUAAACUCACUCACCUUGAAAUGAUAAAAGGAAUAUGGAAUCAAAAAGAGAAUAAAUAUUACCGCUACGACGAGGAAUUGGUAAUUCCCAUCAUAGAAAAUACUCCUUUUGAAAGAGACUUGAGGGAUAGUUUAUCUGAAACUAUGGUUCGUUAUCCUGAAACUUGUGCGGUAUUGGUACGCAGACACGGAAUUUAUGUCUGGGGUGAUUCUUGGCAACAGGCAAAAACUAUGACCGAAUGUUACGACUACUUGCUGGACGUUGCAGUUCAGAUGAAACAAUGUGGACUAGAUCCAUCGCUGACUCCAAAUGAUCACGAAUUAAAGUAUCAGGCAAACGGUGUAUCAAUAUAGUCAACGAUUUUAGUAUA